AUGUCUUCGAGACGCAGGAGUUCCCUUGUAGCUGUCCAUGCUGAUAAGGGCAAACAGGAGGGCAGUGUGCCGUUGAGCGGCAUACUCAUCCUCCUGAUGGUGGUUGCCGGAAUCGCCGCCGUCUGGAUAAAUGAAUUCACAAUUAGCGCGGAAGAUCUCGGCCCAACCACUUUAUACCGAACUGGCAAAGCUCGCAAAGCGGGAGGUCGAAAGCUGCAUCAAUUUCUUUGCGUGGGUGCCACUUCGUUGAGAGACUGCGAAUGCGACAAGGUCGUUUCUGACGCGCUACAUGACUACGUCGAGAAACACACGAUACGAGACGAUGACUCGGAAGAAGAGAUCAGAGCCAAGAAACCGAAAGGGACCAAAAUUACAAAAACUCCAAAAGUUCCUGAGCCGAAGAAAUCCGCUUUCGACGACCCGGUUCCCGUUGUCAAAAAAGUUGAGAAACGAGAAAUCAGAGAGGAGCCUCCUAAAAUAGAUAAAGAGCCACCCGUCGCGAAGCGGCCUGCGAAGGAAGCGAAUAAACAGGCAGCACCCCAACCCGCUGCCCCCACGAAACCUUCGAAGGCCUCAGUCCCCGCCCCAGUACCUCCCAGAGUCGUUCAGAAGAAAGCUCCAAAGCCCGAGAUCGUCGAAUCCGAAGAGGAGGAAUCAGAUAGCGGGAUUGAAGAUAGCGCCGAAGAGCUAGCUGAUAGUGAGGAGGACGAUGGAACCACGGAGGAUCAAAGCGAAGAAGAAGACGAGACCGCUGAAGACGAGUCCGGAGAAGCGGCUGGGAGCGACGAAGGUUCAAAAGAAAGCGGUGGAGACGAUGAAACGUCGGAAGAGGAUUCGGCGCAUGCCACUCUAGAGGUCGCGAGCACCGAAGAAGAAGACUCAGUCGGAAGCGCCGCCGCUUCUGAGGAGUCAACCGAGGAAGACGACGCGGACCUUAUAGAGACUUUUGCCGAAGACUCAUCGGACGAAGCUUCGGAAGAGCCAGAUGACUACGACGACCAGGAUGAUGACACCAGUGUAGAGGAGUCGGCCGAAGAGGACGACUCCGGAAUUCCAGGCGAGGAGAGUGAAUCCGGGGAAGCUGGAGAAAUUUCUGAGUCGAUAGACGAAAGCAAAGAAGAUGCCUCAGAUGAAACCGGAGAAGUGUCGGCGGAAGCGUCACCUGGGGGCCUGGGGGUCGAAGAAUCCGAUGAAAAAUCCACGGAAGAGCCAGAAGGCAGUGAUCGAGAAUCAGAUGAAGACGUGACUGACGAAGACUCUGAGGAGGAUUCAGAAGGAGCAUCUCAGGAAGCCGAAUCGGAAGAGGAAAGUGCUUCCGAGGAUACGUCUGCCGAGAGCUCUGAGGAAGGAAAGAAUUCAGACGAGGACGAAUCCGGAGAAGGGGAAUACACCACUGAGAGCUCGGGAACGGAAGAAGCUUCUGCAGUGGAUGAUGAUUCGGAUGCUUCUGACGAAUCAGGAAGCGACGCCUCCGAAGAGGAUAAAUCCGCAGAAGUUGGUGACGAGGAUACCGGGGUAUCGGUAGAAGAAAAUGGUUCCGAGGAAGAUGACGAAUCCGAGGAGGGAGAUUCGUCGGGAGAGGCGUCCUCGGAGGCCACCGAGGAAGACGAAGAGGAUGAGUCGUCAGAAGAAGAUGCGAGCUCAGAGGAGGAAGAUUCAGAGGAGGAGUCCGAGGAGCAGGACUCUGGAAUAGAAGGGAGCGACGAGGAAGCCUCUGAAGAAGAGGGAUCUGAAGAAACUGAGGACGAGUCCGAAGAAGCAUCGGAAGAAUCCGAGCAAGACGAAACAGCGGAAGAGUCCGAGGAAUCGGAGCCUGAUGAGUCUGCCGAAAGCAGUGAAGAGGAACAGGAGCCCGAACCCGUCGUAAUUACCAAACCGAAGAAAGGAAGCAAACAACCGAAGGAAGCACCCAUACCCAAAGUGGUCCUCGAUGGCGUCCGCGAUCGCAGUCACAUCGCGGAAGCUCUGGGCUUCUCAAAGAUCGGUACUCAAGAUGAUGUCAAGGAGGAGAAACUCAUUCAACAAAUUCUCAAGGACAUAAAGAAAGCCGCUACCGAUUCCAUCAAACCUCUGGAGAAGGACUUCAAGUUCAGCGAUAUCAGUCAACGCGUUCUGGGAGACGCCGAGAUAUUCAACAAGCCCAUGGCCCUCUUCUUGGGACCGUGGUCGUCUGGGAAAUCGACAGCUAUCAACUAUCUUUUGGGCACUCACGGUACUCGGGCUGCUCUAAAGACUGGACCCCAGCCGACCGAUUCGUUUUUCACAGUUCUGCACCACAACGAGGAGGGGAUCGUGCGGGAAAGCGGUCUGCAAAUGGCAGGCGACUCGUCGUUUUCGGGCGUGAAUAAAUUCGGUUCGGCGUUCCUCUCUCAUUUCCGAGGCAUCGGAUUGAACCAUCCCCUCCUAAAGAAGGUCAUGAUCGUGGACACACCUGGGAUCAUCGAUGGUCGACGAUUCAAGGACUUCCCACUGCACGAUGUAUUCCAGUGGUUCAUCGACAGAGCUGACGCAAUCUACGUUAUGUUUGAUCCAUCUAAGUUGGAGAUUGGUCUGGAUAUGAAGACCUUGUUGGAUCAACUGCGUGGGAGGGAAGAGCAAACUCGAUUCCUCUUGAACAAAGGCGACCUCGUCGAAGCAUCCGACGUAAUGCGCGUCACAGGUCAACUUCUCUGGAAUGUGGCACCCCUCUUCGGAUCCUCGGAUGCACCUAUCAUAUACACAGUUUCUAUGAUAAGCAGACCAUAUCUACCGGGUAGUCCGAUGGAGUACUUCCAGGACCAAGAAGAAGAGUUUUUGCGUCAUCUCAGAGAAGUCAUGGAAGAGAGGGUUGAGAACACAAUCACCUAUGCACGUCGCCAUGCGGUUCGAGUCCGGAAUCAUGCCAAAUUGGUCGACUGUUAUCUGGAGGCAUACUACAAGAACAAGGGGAUGUUUGGUAAUAAGAAGAAGGUCGCGGAGCAAAUUAUCAAGGAUCCUGCGAAAUACAGCAUAUUUGACACGAUCUCUCAAAGCAAGAACAUUUCCAAGUACGAUCUGCUAGAGCCCGAGGACUACGCGGCAUUCUUCAAGCUGAAUCCACUGCCAGAAUUUUCAAGAUUGAAGGAUCUCUGUGGGUAUGUCAAGGGAUGUCCGAUCGACAAACUGGAUCGAGUCAUUGCUUACAAUCUGCCACAACUCCUAAAGAAAUACCAAGAGAAAUCGUCAGUCUUCCAUGACUCGGAGGAGGACAAGGAUCAGUCGAGAGCGCAGGUGAAGGUUCCGACGAAGAGUAAAUCGAAAGGAAAAUCUAAAUCUCGAUAGGCUACCUGGAAGUGGAGCUAGAGAUUCCAAUGGGACUACCAAGAGCUUCGAGACUUCUUCCGGCUGGAUAUCGAACAUCAUGAAAUCUGAGAGUGCGUUGAGAAAUUCUGCGCUCGUCUUCGUUUUCGUAAAAUAUCGCUUGCUGUUUUCGAUCCAUUUCCUUGCUCGAACGACAACGGCCUCCAUAUCCCUCGAAGCUGAGGAUAUCCCU